CCUCUCUAGCUUUCUCCGCCUGUGUUUUGUCGGCCGGUGUUCCCCCGUUUUUCUUUUCUUUCCUCCUCUGGUCGCCGUGCUGGAUUGUUCCCCCCUCUAACAAAGCCUGAUCCCAGCCUGCCUGUAGACAGCUGCUCUCCGGACCAGGCGGCUCCGGGUUGCAUGUUGGUGCUUCGGCUGCUUCAGUGGUUCAACAAAUGCAGAAAAGGGAGAAAAGUUUCGGUAUACAAAUGCUCUCCGUCCAGCCGGACUCCAAGCCAAAAGGCUGUGCCGGCUGCAACCGGAAGAUCAAGGACCGCUACCUGCUGAAGGCCCUCGAUAAGUACUGGCACGAGGACUGCCUCAAGUGCGCCUGCUGCGACUGCAGGUUGGGCGAGGUGGGCUCCACGCUCUACACCAAAGCCAACCUCAUCCUAUGCCGGAGAGACUACCUACGGUUGUUUGGUGUAACAGGAAACUGCGCAGCUUGCAGCAAACUAAUUCCAGCCUUCGAGAUGGUCAUGAGGGCCAAGGAGAAUGUCUACCACCUGGACUGCUUCGCAUGCCAGCUCUGCAAUCAGAGGUUUUGUGUGGGAGACAAGUUUUUCCUGAAAAACAACAUGAUCCUGUGCCAGACAGACUAUGAAGAGGGGCUGAUGAAGGAGGGCUACGCUCCCCAGGUCCGCUGACCCACGUAGGCCGACAAGAAGGACAAGGAGGAGGAAGAGGAGGAGUGGGAGAAAGAGACUGAGGGAGAGCUUGUAAUCACAAAAAGCACUAUUGCCUCCUGUCCAGCUCCUGUACCCCACAUGUACAUAACUAAGCAAGCCUCCCUGGGAGGGGACACACUGCUGUACAGAAUAGCCAUAGAGACGCCGGUGUGGCAGGAAAAGGCCCUGGAAGCCUACAACAAACUACAAGUACGAAAAAAAAUAGUUUGUCCAUUUCUUUGUUUGUGACUUACGGAUGCUGCCUCUUUCCUCCUGGCCAACAACCACCUGCCUCAGAGCAAUUUCUAACCAACAGCAGGUCCUGGUUGUUUAAAGAGAAAAAAAAGUUAACCCACCCAAAAGCAGUCUUGCCUCAUCGUAUCUGACAGGUACAGACAGCGUCCCACCUGACUGCACAGUUCAGCUCUUCUACUUGAAUCUAAAAUACACUGAGGUAUUGUCAAUCAAUGUAAUUUUAAAAUAAAGACCUUUUUACUGUAUGAUAUAAGAUUAUACACAGUGAAUGUAAACUGAAGAGUGGCAAAAAUAAUGCGGAUGACUGAUUUGUUGUGUGUGUGUGUGUGUGUGUGUAUAAGCAUGUGGAUCCCUCUUUAGGUCGAGGACUUCAGUUUCGCAGUCUCACAAGGCUUGGUCUGGUCCAUAUAGUUUUAAAAAAUUAAAAAAUUGACCCCUCUUAAGUCCCAUCCCCUUUGAUCUGUGCUCCAAUAACCGUUGAACAAGUCUUGGUUGGAACCUCAGUCAACUUCCUCCUUUCCUGUACAUAGAUGCUAUGUGCUAGGUUCGUCUAUGUUAAAAAUACAACCGUAUUUUGAAGAUGGUUGAAAGAUAAAAGUGACAUAUAAUCACACCAUUAUGAUCAGGGGCAGAUCUAGAAGGGUGGCAGUUGCCAGGUCCCAGUUUGAGUAAAAUUCCGUCAAAUUUAAAUUUAAAAAACAGAAAUUACUUCAAUCAUCUGUUAUGGCCUUAGGCCUACCAUUUUACACUAAGUGAUAUACAGCUUAAGUUUAUGACUACUUUGCACCAAACAGCAGUUAGCAACAAGCUGGUGAAGAAAGCAUUUAGCGGCUCAGAGCUAAAAGGAAAGUGAAUGUUGGACUUCCGUUCAUCAUAAAAAAAAAACGGACGCUUUCACACCUGGAAAAAACGCUCCAAAAAUUUGUCCAAAACCCAGAAAUUAGUUAGCAUUGUAGCACUUCUGGCUCCUUCUCCUCAAAGUCAAUGGGUGUUUGGUUAGAUGUCUGAAAUAAGGUUUCCAUUUAACACAAACACAAAAAAGAGAUUUUCACAUUUUGAUCUACGACAUAAAAUAGUAAAUACCCCACCUGGGAAUUUUGAAGAUUUUCGGUGUCUUAAAAAGGCGGCUAAAUUAAAACUUACUGACUGACUCUAGUCCACCUUUACAGCCUUGUUGUGUUUAUACUGCCACUCUCGCAAACUAUUCUAACUCAAACUUUGGAGUUUAGUUGUGGUAACGUUGGAGUCGUGACCAUGAUAGAGUUUGUUUAUGGCCUAACGUUAGCUUUUUACUUCUGGCAAUGGCAUUAAUGCUUCAAAAAUCAUAAAAGUGGUGUUAUUUUCUGCAACAAUCCAAAAUCCAAGGAACCAGGGCGAUGCUAACUUCUGGGUUGGCCCACAUAAAUCAAUCAUCCCUGCAGCACUCUAUGACAUGCUAAUGCUGCUAACUGUUUGCUUAUAAGGUAAUAAUACAGUGUGUCACAUGACAUGUUUUCAGCUUGUACUACUGCCCCCAAUUGGCCAAAAAAUUAUUAAAUGCAGCUGUAAACAUUAUGGACCAGACGCACAAACUCCUUGCUUUGCGAGACUGUCUUUCAUGGGGUGACAGUUCUUGAAAUGCAUUUCGUCAGAGAUACUUUCAGUAAGUUUGGGCACCCCAGGUUUGGACUGUGACUCCAGACUCUGCUCUUUUUUGCUGGAGACAGUUGCUUUCACACUGGUAAAACUGAAAUGUGGGGGGAAUGGCUCAUGAAGGCAGGUUGUAGUAGCGGUUGUAGGGCAGGGAUCGGUUGGGGUGGUGGGGUUGAUUACUUUUUGUACACUAUUUAUUUGAUAAACAUUCACCUGUUGUCCAAAAUUUGGCAUUCUUUGAUAUGCUGAUACUUGAACCCUGUCGAUGAUUUCUCAAUCACUGUUGGCUUACGUGUCAUUUUCAGCAAGGCUUUGGAUUUAGUUAACUGCUCUCUGCAGCAAGUCAGUCACCCUAAGACCUGGUCACCUGGGUCAGGAUGGCUCCCUGCUGCAGAGGCGUUACGUCCUUUUCUGUUGAGAGGAAAACAAACCAUUGAUCUUUAAGCAUUAAAUAUCAGCCUCUGAGCAUGUGCAACAAUGCUCAGCAACAUUCCGUAGCUGGAAAAGAAAAAAACCCUUCUUUAAUUGGUAAAUUGUGGGUGUACAUAAAAGAAAUAUUCAUUUUUGCUUGCUAUUGUACAAUGAUUUCUUUUUAUGUG